UAACAGCUGCGGUCCCGUUAUAUGUACUCUCCUUGAAGAUUCUUUAUAUAGAUCAAUAUAUCGGGCCAAACUAUAGAUCCGUAGCUACGUAGCACUUUCCUAUAAUCUCAGCUUCUGUUUUGUGACAUGCGGUCUAGUGCGGCGCCUUCUAUACGAGAUCUCGCGCUGCACGAACGUGGCAGCGGCAUUGGCAGCCCUUCUCCUGCACAACGGUGGAUCGAUAUUUUGCCGACAAUAAUUGAACCUGAUGACAUCGAGGUUGAGCUAUUUGUCCGAGUAGCAAAUGAAGCCGGCACAUUCCCGCUCACAAUAGUGUGAGAUGAUCUUAUAGUACUGUAUCCAUGUUUCGGCAAGCCAACCGUUGGUGGCCCAGGCGCCCAGGUCUCCUUGGUCGUUGGUAUAAAAGAACGUGGUUGACUAUGCUGCCGUUACAUCUACCACCUCCGUAACUUGCCAGCAUUUGCCAUGGUGUCCCGGUCACACGCCUUUGCCUAUGCCGCUGUCGCCUCAUUCGUUCUACUUGCAAAGGCACAGCAAUCCUCUGGCACACCCCCAAGCAGCUGGCCUCAGGUGUACCCGGGAAUGCCGAAUGGCAACUACAGUCCGGAGUGGCAGGAUUAUUUCCAAGUGACUGACAAUCUGCCAAAUGUUACAUGGCCUCUCGCUCGUAACUGGGCAGGCAACAUUCCUGUCCAAAGGGAGGAUCAUCCAAACGAUACCUUGUUCUUCUGGGCAUUCGAGAGCCAGGAAGGCUCUUUCACUUCCACUUCAACUGAUGCACCAUGGGGUAUUUGGCUAAAUGGAGGACCCGGUUCAUCAAGUCUUGUUGGCUUACUGUUUGAGAAUGGCCCGAUCCAUGUGCAAAACAAUUAUUCGUUGUUUGAAAACCAGUAUGCAUGGAACACAAUAGCAGAUUACGUCUGGAUAGACCAGCCAGUCGGCGUUGGUUUCGGAACUGCUGAUUCCACUGGUUAUAUUGUCGAUGAGGAUCAAAUGGCAACGGACUUCUUUGGAUUCUUGGAGAAUCUUGUCAAGGUCUUCCCUGGCCUGGCUAAACGCCCAUUGCAUCUAACGGGCGAAAGCUAUGCUGGCAUGUAUAUACCUUACAUCACGAAAGCUUACUUCGAGAUGGAGAAUCCGCCAGUUACGUUGGCUAAGAUAGCCAUCGGAGAUGGCUCUAUUGCUUCUGGAGAGACAUUUGAACUCCUCCCGGUGGUUAGCGCCCUUGAGACGUACCCCCAGAUAAUCGGGUACGACACUACUGUGUUUCAGUACUUCCGUGAACAAGAAGCGCUUUGCGGCUAUAACCUUACCCUCGAAUAUCCCCAAAACGGACACUUCCCCACACUGACUUACACUUCUGGAGCAGAUCCUAACACAUCUGGUAUGUCUGCAUCGGGGCGAUACAGAGCCCGACAGGGUCAAUUCUCCAAGAAGCUAUUUUUGGCCAAAAUGGAACAGAAGUACAACACACGUCUAGCAAAGCGGAGCACCAGUCUAUCCAAACGCGAGCGCUUGCGCGCACGGGAUCUGGCCGUGCAAAACGGCACUAUCGACACGUGGUACGGGUGCGAUGUUUACGAUGAGAUGCUGGAUUAUGCCAUAAACUUCACCUUCCCGUGGUCACUCAGCAAGGAUUCUGGAGGGAUGUUCGACGUGUAUAACAUCCCCGAUGCGCUGAACCCUGAGGCACCCAUGGAUGGGUCAUCUAUCAACUACCCAUUCGGCAACGACUAUUCUAACGGCGAUCCAAGUAUUGAGUCGGUGGAUCCCUUACCUAUGGCAUUCCUCACGGAAUUGGCCACGAACGCGACGGCCCAAAACAUCUCGGUUGUCAUAUUCUCCGGAAAUGACGACUCCCUCAUUCCGCACCUUGGUUCACAAAGCUUCACGCGCAAACCGUCGACACCGUGGUAUAACGACGAUGGCCAAUUUGCUGGUAUCGUACAUCAGGAACGCAACUGGACUUACGUCCUUGUCGAACAUGCAGGCCACCUCGUGGGAUAUACAAACCCCCAAUCAGGUUUCGUCUUCGUCAGGGAGUUCGUCUUCGGAAGUAACCAGACUGGGCUGGUUGCCAACAAUUCUUCGGGAGCUGUGACUGUCAUGGGUGGCGAGGUCUCUUCUCUGGCAAAUGAGAUUAUGACGGGACAGGCUGCCAUCUACUAUGGCUCCGCGACUACAGAGUCCACAUACUACUUCCCCACUGCCACUGUGGAAGCAUGGAAUGCAUAUAUUGCAACCGCUACUACUCAGCCCGUGAUAGUUUCGCCGAGACAAAUAGGAAGCUCUGCAUCGUGGCCAGUGGCGCAGAUAUGUAGAACAAUAGCACUCGGGAGCGUCAUCAUGGUGUUUACGCUAUUUGCAUUAUAAAGGAUCAAUUAACGUUAUUGAAUGGACUAGGAACCUGAUUUCGUGUACUUGCGUAGCUCUUACAAGGUAUAUUUUCGACCACCAACACUGUGGCACAGCGCAUAGUUGGCAACUCAGCAGCCUUAGUCUCCCGUAAAACAGCAGCUAGAUGAUCUCGGAGCAAAUCUUCGAAUUGGGUUCCUCAAGUGAUUUCGGAUCGUUCUCAAACACCCAAUUUCGCAUUCUUCAUUCUCGUCAAAAAUAAUUACGAUUCCAUUUACUUCAUAAUUUCAGAGGGCCACAGUAUACACACCACACUGAAUCU